GGAUGCUCUGGUGGGACUGGCUUUGGUUGGUGGAUGCUCUGGUGGGACUGGCUUUGGUUGGGGGAUGUGUCCAAAGGUGCCCAAAUUAACUCCUGUGCAGGUGCUGCACUCCUGCGAACCAUCAGCAGUAAAAGCCUUACCUUGCAAUAAUUUGGAACUAAUGAUGUAACAGAGCAGAGCUCUCUAGAUUAUUAUUCCCUGAAAUAUCUGGGUUAUCUGUCUGGAUAUCUGAUCUCCAGAGCAUGGGUUUAGAUACUUCAGUGCUGGGUGAUUUGCUGUUAGAUUUGAUAAUACUUGGGAUUGUUAAAUAUUGUUUGCCAAGCACAGCAGCCCCUCUGAGAACAACUGGAAGCCCCGAAUUUUACAUUUAGGUAACUCACGUUACAGAAAUUGCUGUGAGAAUGAAAUAGUGAGGAAAAAGGGGAAAAUAAAAAAAGGCAAGCACUUGUUUCUUACCGUGUGGAAAGAUGUAGGAAUGUUGGUGCUGGCUGUAAAUGCUGGAGUGGUGUUUGCUUUGGAUGUUAACCAGUGCAACCUCAGCUGUAUGUAUGGCACAGCAAACCCUGACCUCCUCUCCCUUUGCCUUUCAGCAGGCUCAUUAUCAGCUUUCCCACUCGCCAGUGGCACUCCAGCAGUGUUUUUUGGUGUCUGCACCUGCUCACCCCAUGCCUUGGCCUCCCUGCUGUCCUGGGGCACCUGGCCCUGGCAAUGCAGGCGCAAUCCUGGAUUUAGGGCAGGAAAAAACCCUUCUUUCAGCAGGGCUCUGGGAGGAGGGGACAGUCCCUGGGUGCUGCUCAGGCAUUCUGGGGGAGGCUCUUGCCUCUCCCAGAAGCAGAGAAUUAAAUUAAACUUAGCUGGGAGGAGGAGAAGAGGCAGCUUUGCAGCACGCUUGAGUUUUGGGCUGCCUGCAAAACUCUAAAUCCUAUCCCUGGAAUUCAGCCAGAUGAAAAGAACCUGUCCCUUCCCACUCCUUUCUUUUUAAUUUUUCUUUUUUUUUUUUAAAUUUUAAAAUUAAUACCUGUUUUUAUAAUCAUCCUGGCCUGGUAGCUCAGCUGAGCUUCCUUGCUGGCUGCAAUGACAGGAACAUCACAGCAACUCAGAAUGUGCUGAAAAUUUUGCUCCAUCUGUCUCUCUCCAUAUCCAGAGAAAAUGGCUUCUUCAGAUCUCCAGGCUGAUUCUUGGAAUACUGAUGGGAUUUGAUCAGCAAAGAUCUCAAGAAACUUGAAGUUUAUAAUUAAAAUAAAUUGGUUUCUCUCUCUCUUUUUUUUUUUUUUUUUUUUUUUUUUUUUUUUUUUUUUGGGUUGGAAUCUGGUUGUGUUCUGGCCCUGGUAAUCCAGGCACAAUCCAUGGGAAUAUAUAUAUAAUUUUCAGGAAUAUAUUCCCCCCUCCCAAAAUGUUGCUUUAGGGAUUUAGGGUUUUCAUUUUUGUAUGCCUUUUAGAUCAAAAACUUGCCCCAAAAGAACAUUUCAAAGAGGGAGAAAAAUAACAAAGAACAUGCAAAUAACGAGGUUUCCUCUCAAAAAACCUUCGAGACACGGCAGCAUUCUGAGCAGAGAGUCUCCAGCUGACAAGAAGCAGAAGGUUGAACGCUGCAGCAGCACCCACGACUUCGAUCCCACAGAUAGCUCCUCCAAGAAGACAAAGUCUAGUUCUGAGGAGAGUAGAUCCGAGACGUAUGGCCUGGUGCAGAGGUGUGUGGUGAUCCAGAGGGAUGAGAACGGCUUCGGGCUGACGGUCAGUGGGGACAACCCUGUCUUUGUGCAGUCUGUCAAGGAAGAUGGAGCAGCCAUGCGGGCUGGAGUGCAGACAGGUGAUAGAAUUAUCAAGGUGAACGGGACUCUGGUAACACACUCAAACCAUUUGGAGGUGGUCAAGCUGAUCAAGUCAGGUUCCUAUGUAGCUCUCACUGUCCAGGGGCGCCCUCCAGGGUCGCCCCAGAUUCCCUUGGCGGAUUCUGACGUGGAUCUGGCAGCUUUUGGGCAUAUGUCUCCCAUCAUGGCAUCCCCCCACUCGCCUGGCACGUCAGGGAAUGCAGAAAGGAUCACCAGCCCAGUGCUCAUGGGGGAGGAGAAUAACAUUGUCCACAACCAGAAGGUGGAGAUUCUGAGGAAGAUGCUCCAGAAGGAGCAGGAGAGGCUGCAGUUCCUGCAGGAGGAGUACAGCCGAACCCCCUCCACCCGUGGGCUCAAGGAGAUCCAGGAGGCAAAGAAACACAUUCCUCAGCUGCAGGAGCAGCUGUCCAAGGCCACGGGCUGCUCCCAGGAUGGAGUCCUGUCCUCCAGGUCUGUGUCAGAGUCGCUGCAGAUCAGCGAGGGGGAGGCAGAGAGUGGGGACAGUGGCAGCAAGCUGGAUUUCAGUGGUGACAGCCCCUCCAGACCCAACAGUGACAUUGCUGAUAGUCCUCGCAGUGGCCUGAAGGAGAGGAUUUAUCCAGAUGAGAGCCCAGAAAAGGCUGAGCUUCAGGAUACUGAUUCCCAGUCCAGUGUUGGAAGUCCCCUGUCCCGAGUGGGGACUCAGAUCAUUGGAGCAGAGGAUGAUGAUUUUGACACGGAGCAGGAGCAGAUCAAUGGGCAGUGCAGCUGCUUCCAGAACAUCGAGCUCCUGAAAUCCCGCCCAGCUCACCUGGCUGUUCUCCUGCACCACGUGGUGUCCCAGUUUGAUCCUGCAGCACUGUUGUGCUACCUUUACACAGACCUGUACAAACAAACCAACUCCAAAGAGACCCGCCGUGUUUUCCUGGAGUUUUAUCAGUUCUUCCUGGACAGAGCUGCAAACCUGAAAGUCCCAGUUCCAGAUGAAAUCUCCUUGGAAUUAGACAGGAGAAGGCCAGAGCUGCUCCCUGAAGAGCUCCACCGCCAGUUCAUCCAAACCAUGCAGGACAAAGUCUGUCCAGAGGUUCAGAGGAACCUGGAAGAUUUCAGGCAGAAGAGGAGCAUGGGGCUGACCCUGGCCGAGGGGGAGCUGACCAGGCUGGACGCGGAGCGGCUCCGCGACCGCAACGCCGUGGAGAAGGAGAGGAGCUGUGCAGAACAGAUCAUUGCCAAAAUCGAGGAGGUCCUGAUGACAUCUCAGCCUGUGGAAGAAGACAAGAGCUCCACGAUGCAGUAUGUGAUCCUCACCUACAUGAAGCACCUGGGAGUCAAAGUCAAGGAGCCUCGGAACCUGGAGCAGAAGCGGGGCCGGAUUGGUUUCCUGCCAAAGAUCAAGCAGAGCAUCAAGAAAGAGAAAGAAGGAGAGGAGAAAGGGAAGAGGAGAGGCUUCCCCAACAUUCUGGGGCCGCCGAGGAGGCCAAGCCGACAUGACAGCAGUGCAAUUGGCAGGGCCAUGGAGAUGCAGAAGCCCAGGCACCCCAAGCACUCACCCACAGCCUCUUCUGUGAGCCCAGAGCCCCCCGAGUCCAGCAAGAUGCGGCAGAGCGGCUCCUCCAGCGAUGGCACAGAUGCCCCUUACCCCCCUGCCAACCCCAUGUCCCCCCUGGCCAUGGGGCCCUUUGCCUCUCCAGAGGGCAGCAAGGACAGUGACACAGGUUUGAAGCAGCCUGGGGAAGCCCCACCUGCCAGUGACUCCUUGGAUGGCACCCCCCGCACACCCAACACCACCUUUGAGUUCCCAUCUCCUUUGGAAAACCUGCAGGAGGAGGAGGGAGAAUCAGAGAGGAUGGUUGACAUGGGAACACCAAAGCCUUUUCGCAAGAUGGACAGUGUUGGCUUUGCAGAUGUGCAGAGUGAGGAUGAGCUCUAUGACUUUGACAUGGACAUGGACCCUCCCAACUGGCAGCAGCUCGUGAGCAGGGAGGUGCUGAUGGGGCUCAAACCCUACGAAAUCAAGCGUCAAGAAGUGAUAAAUGAGCUGUUCUACACGGAGCGAGCCCACGUGCGCACGCUGAAGGUCCUGCACAACGUCUUCUACCAGAGGGUCACCAGGGAGGGCAUCCUCAGCUCCAGUGACAAGAGGAAAAUCUUCUCCAACCUGGAGGAUAUCCUUGGGCUGCAUGUUGCACUGAACGAUCAGAUGAAAUCUGUCCGAAAAAGGAACGAGACUUCUGUCAUUGGCCAAAUUGGGGAAGAUUUGCUCUCCUGGUUUAGUGGAGCAGCAGAGGAGAAGCUGAAACUUGCCACUGCCACCUUCUGCAGCAACCAGCCCUUUGCUCUGGAGGUCAUCAAGUCCCGCCAGAAGAAGGACUCACGCUUCCAGACCUUUGUGCAGGAUGCUGAGAGCAAUCCCCUGUGCCGGCGGCUGCAGCUCAAGGAUAUCAUCCCCACAGAGAUGCAGAGGUUGACUAAAUACCCCCUUCUGCUGGAUAACAUUGCUAAAUACACAGAGCUGCCAGAGGAGAAGGAGAAGGUGAAGAAAGCAGCAGAUCAUUGUCGCCAGAUCCUCAACCACGUGAACCAGGCUGUCAAAGAGUCAGAGAACAAGCAGCAUCUGGAGGAUUAUCAGCGGCGACUCGACCUCUCCUACUUGAAGCAGUCAGAGGAUCCCAUGAUGGAUGAGUUCAGGAACCUGGAUUUAACAAAGAGAAAAAUGCUCCACGAAGGGCCCCUGACCUGGAAAGUGAAUCGUGACAAAACCAUCGAUCUGUACACCCUGCUGCUGGAGGACAUCCUGGUGCUGCUGCAGAAACAAGAUGACAAACUGGUGCUGAAGUGCCACAGCAAGAUCCUGGCAUCCACAGCUGACAGCAAACACACCUUCAGCCCCAUCAUCAAACUCAACACUGUGCUGGUUCGCCAGGUGGCCACAGAUAACAAAGCUUUCUUCGUCAUCUCCAUGUCGGCAACGGGGGCUCACAUCUACGAGCUGGUGGCACAGACUGUCUCAGAGAAGAAUGUCUGGCAGGACCUUAUAGCUCAGAUGGCAGGAACUGUGAAGAUGGGGAGCAGCAGGAGAGUGAUCCCACUGCCUCAGUCAGGCCCUGGCGAAGAGGAGCGUGAAGAAGAGGAGCAGCAGAAGCUCAAAGAGCAGCAUGACAUUCCUGCCAGCAGCCUGCAAAGUCCAGAUAAAGAUAUGGCCCUGGAGUCUCCCUUAAUACUGAACCCUCAGUCGUCUUCACCCAUCAUGUCAGAAAAGGCCAAGGUGGAAGGGCUGCUGGGGGCUGAGGGACAGUUUGAGAAGGUGCAGCAGGCAGAGCUGGCACUGAAGGACUCCUCUGCCUGCUAUGAACACCCAGCCAGCAGCUCAGCCUCGGUGCCAGAGGGGCAGUGGGCACAGGAUGCCCUGAGGAACUUGGGGCUGCUCAGGCAGCUCUUGGUGCAGCAGCUCGGCCUGGCUGACAAGGGGACCCUGGAGGACAGACAGCGCGUGCCCAGGUUCAGGAGCGUGUCCCAGGAAGCCCAGACAGAGAGAGGGAAGGAGCCGCAGCCCCCUGACAGCAAAGUGCAGCAGCCCCGAGAGGGCAGGAGCCUCGGCAGAACUCGAGAGCCCGCGGCCGGGCACGGCGCCCGGACUGCAGCGGAGCGCCCGGCCUCGGGGGAAGCCGUGCAGCUGCUGGGCACAGAGCCCGCUGCCAGGGGCUCUUUGCCCAUGGACAGCAUGAACCUGGAGGGCUCUGGCUCGGAGCUGGACGGGCUGGGGGCCGAGGAGAGCGGGGAGCAUUUCUUCGAUGCUCGGGAGGCUCACAGCGACGAGAACGCCGGCGAGAGCGAGCUGCUGCACGGGAAGGAGGAGGAGGAGGAGGAGGAGGAAGAGGAGGAGGAAGAGGAAGAGGAAGAGGUGCAAAUUCGGAUCUCAGGAAAUUAUUUGAUCCUCGACGGAUACGGCGCGGUGCAGGAGAGCUCCACGGACGAGGAGGUGUCAGCCCUGGUCCUGCAGUGCACCUCCCACAGCAGAGCCCCCCUGGGCUGUCCCCAGCAGCAGCAGCAGCCCCUGUCCCCAAGGGACACCCGCUCGGACGGGGGCAGCUCCCCGUUCCCCGAGGAGCUGCUGGGCUCGCGCUGGCCGGGGCUGGAGGAGCCCUGCCCCUUCCUGGGCAGCCCCCAGCUCCCUCUGCAGACCCGAGUGCAGCUCAUGCAGUACAUCCACAACAUCCAGGAUGCCCUGGAGAAGCUAAAGGAGGUUGAGGAGGAUUACAGCGUUCUGCGACGCCAGGGGCUGGCUGGCUCAGCCUCCACAGGAGAGCACUCAGACAAAAGCUAGUUGUGUUCCCAGGAGUGGCUGAAGAUUGGAUGAAGAGAAUCAGGACACAGCACCCGCUGUCUCCCCUGUGGAUUCUGGGAUGAGGGUUUGGAGCAUCCAAACAGGAACCAUUCUCUAGCAAAGUGGGCAUGGGGUGCUUUUCCUGUGGGGCAUCUGCACUAUCUUGUCAGUGAGGGAGUCUAUUCUAUUCUGCUCCUCUCCUUGCUACCAGAAAUUCUUUUUUUUUUUUUUUUUCAGAACAGAAAAAAAAAAAAACCAAACCAAAUGUACAGAGCUUUGGGUGUAGGAUAUAAAAAAAAUGUAUUUAGACAUUUAAAAGAAAAAAAAAAUCAAUGUAUUUAUUUGACUUCAUUCCGUGUAUCAAAAGCACAUUUUAAUUUUUUAAUCUGCCUUUUUGUUUUUGGUUCUAUUUUUGGGUAGUGACAGUUCUGACCCCCUGCAUGUGGCCCACCCUGCCUGGUGAGGGGACAGGGGGACCUGAGUGCAGGUGUUUCCUCACUGGACUGGACUCUGCACUCCCUGCUGGCACUCAGACUACCAAGAGCUACUCAUGAAGGUGUUAGGAUGGAAUUUAUGGCUGGAAUUUGUCUGUAUCCAACUAGCUGCAUGGGGAUUGCUCAUGUCACCACGUGUGGAACAGGAAUUUUCCAUGCACUAAACAGCCAGGCACUUGAGAUGGGCAAAUUUUCCUUUUCCCCUUUCCCAUUCCUUUGCUGGGAGAGGAGAGAGAGGUUGAAUUUUGUUUGUUUGUUUUUUUUUUGUUUUUUUUUUUCUUGACUUUGUUGGCUUUGAUCAUUGUCUCCUUUGUAAAGUGAUAAAAAUACUUGGACCUGCA